AUGCCGGUCUCAGACAACUAUUUUACUCGUACCUUCCACUUCGGCUUCGGCUUCGGCAUCUUCAUUGGUAUGAUUAGUACCUACUUUGCGAACUGGCUCGCCUGGAGAUUGGGGCAAAGGAGGUUGGCCCUUGAACGUGCCGAACGUGAAAGGGAGGCUCUGGUGGAUGCGCACCGUGAACCAACGGACUAUCAUUGCAUCAUCCGGAUUGUGUCCUUGUCCGAUUUCGCACAGACCAAGAAGAUUUGGUUCUUGAAGGCACUCAAUUCAGACUUUGACUUUGACCCAGAGAGUGGCAUUGAUGUUCGUGUCAUCUCGGUGGUGGGCUUGUUCAACAAAGGCAAGACAUUCCUGUUGAACAAAUUGUUUGGCCUUCGUUUACCAUCUGGCAGGACUCAAGUGACGCAAGGCUUAUUAUGUGUCUACUUGAAGGAACGCAAGAUGCUAGUGAUUGACUCUCCAGGUGUGCAAUCUACUGUCUCCUACAAGUCCGAUGGUGCAGACAGGGUUGUGGAUGCUCAAAGCACAGAGACAUUCAUUUUUGAGUUGAUAUCGCAAAUCUCUGACCACAUAAUCUUCGUUGUGAACGACUUCACUUCCUUCGAACAGCUCAAAGUCCAAACUUUUGAGAAGAAGGAACUGAGUCGCAAUGUGCGGGCCCCUCGCGAACUCAUUGUGGUUCACAAUCUUUGUGAUGCACAUGAGGUUGAGGAUGCUGAGAAACUCUUCCGCAAGCAGAUCACUUCACGCUACGAUGGAGUUGAGAGCCAUCUUGGCAGCUUGUUCUACACAGCACGGAGAAAUCCUCCUGUGCAUCACUUUGCCAUUUGCCAUGAUGAAAGUCGAGCAGGAGCCGCCUUCAACGAACACAAUUUCAAGCUUUUGUUGGAGCAUUUAGAGCAUGCCAAAAAGUUGCCCGAGAGAAUUGAGUUGGCAAAGCUUAUCAAGGAAAAGUUGGAUGAUUUCAUUCCAAGGUUCUUUCUCAAAUCUCCAGUGGACGCUGGUGUUGAGUACUGUCCAUGUAAACCUGAAACCAUUCCGGAAGAAGAUGAUGGUGAUCAGAGUCAGCGCUAUUGUGGAGUGGGCUUCUUCCAGAGUAAGUGCGACAGGCUUGAGGUGAAGCGGCAAGGAGUCAUCUCAGAUUUGGGUGAGGUCGUUUCCCAUGACAAGUCUUUCAACCCUGAGCCAGCAAUCUAUGAGGACAAGGAUGAGGAAUACAUAUUCCGCACCAUCGUAGUGGAGUGUCCAGGAGUCAGACCGGAUCAGGUUCAUUGGGAAGAGGAUGGUGGUCGUUUCGUUAUCAAAAUCGAGAAGUCCAAGUUGUUUGAUGAGGGAUCCGUGACAAUUGUGGAAGGCUUUUCCUUUCGUCAGCAAUCAGGCAUUUGGGAGAAGGAGUUCCGCUUUGAAGAUGGUCCCUUCGAACUUUGUGAGGAUGAGUCUUACUUGGAGAAUGGAGUGCUGAGAGUGCGCUUGAAGAAGAGCUUGAUGAAACGACGUGGUGGGCUGUUGCAAGCCGGUGCUGUGCCAGUCGUGAGCUAUGCAGUUCCUUCUUCUUUCCCUUCAGAAGCUGAAGGUGUCCGGCAGAUUGAUCCGGAUGCUCACCCAGUUGCACAGGAGUCAGAGUGCGGAACCCUGCAGACCUUGAAGACAUCCAACAUGGGUUUGGCCGACAGCCAGCAUUGCUUGACCACUUCCUCAUGGAUUUUGACCGAUGAGGGCCCCAAAACCGCCGCCACCCUCAGUGAGGAGGUUCCCCAGGUGGCUUCGGUGGCUUUGAAGUCUGAGGAUGCCGAGGUGGAGGACGCUUGCCAGGAGCCAAAAAACGGCCUGUCCCCCGCCUAA